GCAGAGCAAGCAAAGUGUUGUGACUUGUGAUUAGUCUGAUUCCUAUUCCAAACGCAGUUUCAAUAAGCCAACUCAGAAGAGAGAUGCAGACCGUAUCGGUGGACGAGACCAAAAACACGGUGGUGCUACGUGCUGAGCACCGGGACGAGGAAGGCCGAAAAGUCGCCGACAAGAUCGAGCUGAAGACGCGAAACCCGGAGACGAUCAAGCAAGUCGAGAAGAAGCUGAUGGACAAAGGGGUGCAACGUAUGGAGAGGCACCCGGCCGACGGGAUCCCGCUCAAGCGACAGCCGAAGUCCGGCCACGGCGGGAAGUACACGUGGGAGGGGCCUGAUCGGGUGGAGGAUUACGAGAUGCAGCCAGAUCCGCCGGCGAUGGACGAAGGCGACCCGAACUACGACGAGGAGCAGACGAAGAAGGACACCGGCGGUGGUGGUGAUGACGUUGCGGCGGAGGUUGUGAAAGGAGAGGUUGAGGUGGCGAAGGAAGCGCCGACGGGUGUGGCUAGGGUCGAGGUUGAUCCUCGCUUGAUCAGCUCUACUUGAGUUAGGAAGGACGAAAGUGUUGGGGCAAAUGUGCGAAGGAAGAUGAACUUUUGGGGUUGGAUUUCUAAUUUCAGAGUUGUGAUGUUUUAAUGUAUUAGCGACGUGGAACGCUAUUUGUGUAAAGAAAUAAUAUUUUCACUUGUUAAUCAUGUUAAAUCUGUUCUCAUGA